AUGAAAAUCCAUAAACUCCAGAUCCUGGUCUUGGCCAUUUUGGCGCAAAUCUCGCAGAGUUUAACUCUGGUGGACUCUACACUUGCUUCCGCUUGCAUAUACUAUGAAAAAACAUUUGACUGGGGUUGCGGGUCCCAUGGCAAUGGUAUGAAGGCCUACAAAUGUCGUUGCGCCAACAUCAACUGGCUGGGAACCAUAACCAACUGCAUCGCGAACAACACGGACAGCGACAAGCUCAGAGAGCAUGCUUUCAAGCACGUUGCUGGGAGAUGCCAGUCCAAGGCUCCGUUCAACUACACUGUGUCAGACAUGCACAGGUUUUUAGAAAACGGAACCAAAUACCUCAGAGAUCCCACUGCGGCAGAUCUCGAUCACACAGUCUACACGACGAUCCGGGUCAACCAAACCGAGUUCGACUGGUACUACGGAAAGUUCAAAGACUACACUUUCGCUGUCCAAAGAAGCCAGUGGUUUGGCUGGGGACUCGUUUUUUAUUGGGCUGCCAUUAUUGUUGUCUCCAGCUUGUACAACUUGAACAAGAAGUUUGUCGGCUUGAAGCUCAGCAACAAAUGGAUUUCUAGAAAGCUGGUGAUCCCGUCCAUUUUUGAACAAGCUCUUCAGAAGCACCCAAAGCUUCGAGGCCUUGCCCCGGGUCCAUAUCCAAACCGCUUGCAAUUCCUGAUUGUGGCAGUUUUUAUCGUCCAAGUCUUCAUAACAACAGGUGUGGGCUACGAACUAACGCUACCACAUCCAUAUCUGACAAACAGGUGGUUUAUGAAUUUGACUUUGCUAAGUUACAGAACUGACUUAAUGUCCAUGUCCUUGUUUCCAAUAAUCUACUUUUUCGGCAUUCGUAAUAAUCCGUUCAUUGCACUCAGUGGUAUGUCAUAUACGACCUUUUCGUAUUUCCACAAAUGGUGUGCUUAUGUUGCCACGAUCCUUGCUUUCAUCCAUUCGAUCAUUUGGACCGUUUAUUCCAUACAUGAUGGAGGCUAUAAAUCAUGGUAUGUAGACGCUUACUGGAAAUACGGCAUUGCGGCUAUGGUUCUCAUGGCGCUUCUCGUUUUCCACAGUACCAAAUUUAUGAGGGACAUGGCUUAUGAAGCAUUUCUAUUUCUCCAUCAAAUCAUGAACGUCUUCUUCAUUGUGUGCAUGUAUUAUCACUGUAACACUUUAGGCUGGCUUGGAUGGGUUUGGGUAAUGGUUGGGAUCUUGGCUUUUGAUAGGCUCCUAAGAAUUGUACGAUUGGUUUUGAGUGGUGGUUUGCAAAAGUCCACCCUGACUGAUUGUGGAAACGGAAUUAUCAAAAUGACACUCAAAAGGCCUAAAUGGAUAUCCUACCAACCAGGUUCUUUUGCGUUCAUCUAUUUCCUGAGCUGGAACGAUCCGUGGUACUAUCAGUGGCAAUCUCAUCCAUUCACAUUGUUAAGUGCUGCAAAAGAAGAUGGUAUUAAUGGAGAAGAGCUUGUAGCUUACUUCAAAGCUCAAAAGGGUAUCACUAGACAGAUGCUUUACAGACUCCUGAAAUCGGGAGAAGACUCAAUUCAAGUCAGGGUCAUGGUUGAAGGGCCUUACGGUGAUGUGCUUCCCCAAAAGGUCAAGGUGGAGAGAAAGCUUGUAGGGGUAGCUGCUGGCUUGGGUAUUACUGCAGUUUACGCGCAAAUGCUUCAAUUGUUAGAAGUGCAGGUGCCACAAAUGGGAUCUAAAUUGUAUUGGGCGGUAAAUGACGUAAAUCAUAUCUCGUGGUUUGAAAAUGAAUUAAAGUGGCUCUUAUCCAAAAAUUGCGAAGUGACCAUUCUGUGCACAACACCUAAGGAACUGGACGAAGCAGUCUUUUCGAUUUCGGAUAUCAAAUUGUUUGAAAAGUUGAACGUGGAAAGUUUGUUUUGCAGACCAGAUUUGACGUCUUUAACUAAAAAGGAAAUCAAGCAAUCCUCAGAACAAAGCAGGGAUAUAACAUUCAUCAGUUGCGGCCCAUCAGCUUUCAACGUUGAUUUCAGGGCCUCGCUUUCGGCGUCGCUCUGCAAGGAACAAAGCAUAGACGUGGCACUUUUAGAGGAAAGUUUCGUUUGGUGA